UGAGUCUGCAACUCUUGUGAAAAUGGCGAAAAUUCAUGAGUAAUACCAUAUAGACGAAAACAUUAUUGGACAAAAAAUAAAUUCCAGAAAAAAAAACACUUGAAGGAAAAGACUUUAUGAAACAAAACUACAUAGGAGCUACCAGGGAGCAAGAAGAAUAUAUUGGAAAAUUUAUUGAGGAAAACAGUGAACUCACAGGAUUGAACACUAUAUUAUACAAUGAUAUAAACACGCUAAAAGAAAACAUGGAAAAACUAGAAAACGAUUUAGGAGAUCUAAACGUUUUGAGAAAGAAUAUGAUGACAAGUAUAGAAAUUCUACCGGAAGAGAAUUGUAUGUUGAAGAAAGAAGUAGAUGACAAGUCAGCAAAGCAACAUAGAGACGAAGUAGCAGUAAAUAUUGAAACAAGAAGUAGGAAAUCGAACAAACACCCAAAAUCAUUGACUCCCACUGAGUGUACUAGUAAUUAUAAUAAAAGUGACAAAUCUAUUGUCGAUAAAAAAAAAACAGUUAGUAAAUACUAGUGGGCAUAAGGGCUAUUCCAACCUUCUUACUACUUCAUUGCCAAAAUACCAUAUUAUUCCAAGACACCAUACACAAACAAAAACAAUGAGCUAUACACUAGAUGUAUCUAGAAGGGACGCGCCCGUUUACGAAAGUUUCGAAAGUGAAUAAUAUGUAAUAAUAAUAAUAAUAAUAAUAAUAAUAAAAGUAUAAUAAGCUAUACAUAGCAUUAGAUGAAUAUGCAUUUUAAAUGUAAAUACUUAUCUGAGAAAAUAUAUUUCUUCACAAAAUUUCAUGACCCACAAAACAUUUUGAAAAUUUCAGGUAUUGCCCAUUCUCUCUUUAUAUUUGGCAUGAUUUAAUGCCAUGCCCAGUUUUACAACUUACGGGUAAACUCUCGAUGCACAGACUUUACCACACAAUCGCUAGUUCAUUACUCAAAUUAAGAAAUUUUCUUGGAAUUCUAAAUAUUUUCGGGAAAUUUUAAUUUAUUAUUUGAAUAAACUAGCAAUUGU